AUGUCCUUAUGGACACUAUUUACCCUAUACAAUUAUAGGAUAGCAGCCUUAGUCAAAAGGCCAUUUUUUAUCAUUCAUUUUCCCACUCAUUCUGCCACUGAACACAAUAAAAGAAGAUUCAAAAUGACACAAAGUGCCAACAGUGACAUAUUUGAUUGGUCUCAGCCAUCUACUGACGGUAAACAUUUGACAGGUCUGGUCAUUAACAAUUCGUUUACAAAGUCCAAAGUACCUUUCGUACCAGAGAAAGGGAAUUUGGUGAAAUGGUAUUCAUGUGGUCCUACAGUAUACGACCACGCCCAUUUGGGUCAUGCUAGAACUUAUGUUACAGGCGAUAUUAUCAGGAGAAUUCUCGAACAUUUGGGCUAUAGGGUGAACUUUAUUAUGAAUAUAACAGAUGUUGAUGAUAAGAUUAUCUCGCGCAGUUCAGAACUUGGUGUAGAUUUUAGUGAUUUUGCCAAAAAAUGGGAGAUGGAUUUCUGGAAUGAUAUGCAAAUACUGGGCGUUAGACAGCCAAAUUGCAUAACCAGAGUUUCAGAAUUUAUUCCAGAUAUAAUAAGAUUCAUAGAAAAAAUUAUCGAACGGGGCUAUGCAUAUCAAAGCAAAGGCAGCGUGUAUUUCGACAUCACAUCAUUUUCUAGUAAACAUAAUUAUGCUAGAAUGGAACAUUCAUCGGUGCAAAUUAAGGAAAUGACAUUGGAAGGAGAAGAAUCAUUUGGGGAAGUUUUUGAAAAAAAAAACCCCAUAGAUUUUGCUUUGUGGAAACAAGCAAAGGAAGGGGAACCUUUUUGGGAUUCUCCUUGGGGAAAAGGGAGGCCAGGCUGGCACAUAGAAUGCAGUGUAAUGGCAAGCCACUUGCUUGGUGACAAAAUUGACAUACAUUCUGGUGGAAUUGACUUGCGCUUCCCGCAUCACGAUAAUGAAGUGGCCCAGAGUGAGGCUUAUUUUGACAAAUAUCCUUGGAUAAACUACUUUUUGCAUUUUGGCCACUUGCAUAUUCAGGGAAGCAAAAUGUCAAAGUCACUCAAAAAUUUUAUCACUAUUAAAGAAUUCCUUAAUAUCUAUACCCCUAGGCAAAUGAGAUUGCUAUUCCUAAUGUGCAAGUGGGAUUCGGCGAUGAAUUAUACAAAAGGUCCCGAUGGAAUGCAACAUAUUCUGGCUUUGGACUCAAAUUUUUCCAACUUUUUCCCCUUGCUCAAAUCUAUACUCAAACGUACGGCCCACACUAAUGGAACCUAUCAAUCAGCUGUGAUGAAUCAAGGCAAUAGAGAACGAUGGGAUGAAGCGGAUAUGGAGUUAAACAAAGAACACAUCACUGCAAUAGAUGCUGUAGAAGCUGCGCUUAGGGACAAUUUUGACACUCCAAAUGUUAUACACUCAUUGCAGCGUCUAAUAAGUGUUACAAAUUCAUACAUAACAACCAACUAUGCAAAACAUAAGAAACCCAUACUUAGCGAAAUUUUGUACACUGUUACAAGGUACCUACAGAUGCUAGGAUUGGAAUAUAAUACCCAAGCCGUAGAUAAGGACACUGAGGGGUUGAUUGACCGGAUCAUCAACUUUAGGGCAAAGAUUAGACACGCGGCUAAAGUUGGGUUAAAAGGCGACAGCUUAAUUGCUUGCAGGGAAAUAUUGUCGUUGUGCGAUGAUCUUAGGGAUGUAGACAUGCCUUCAAUUGGAUUUAUAAUGGAAGAUCUUCCUGAUGGCACUGGUUUAAUUAAGAAAAUAGAAUACAAUACGUCAAAUGAUACGGAGAAAAAUAGUACGCUUGACCAAUUUAACAAACUUAGUAUAAACAAAGACAGCAUUGAACCAAAAGACUACUUUCGAAUGCUAUACCCUGGAAAGUUUGGGAGUUUUGAUGAAUCUCAUAUACCAGUGACAUAUUCUAGCGGCGAAAAAGUAUCAAAAAGUGAGCGUAAGUCGUUGGAAAAGUUGAUGGCCAAACAUCUUAAAAAAUAUGGGAUGCAUUAA